AUGAAUGGAGAUUUUGUUCUAUACCUCUGGAGCGACCUUUGCGAUCUCGCGAGCCAGUGCUGGCAGGUUGAUGUCCCGCAUGCGCCGCUCAUCGUUAGCAUGCUACUUCGCAAACUCCGGAGCCGUCUGUCUGAUUUCCAUGCGCGAGAACGCUUCGUCACCGGCCUUGAGCUUCUCGGACACUUGGUGACGAACGCACUAGCAGAGCUUGAGGAUAUACCCGUCCUCGACGAAGAGGCUGUAUGGCACAUGUGCGCGGAGGUUCUCGAAGUUGCACUCAGGGUCAUCCGCCGGAACGCUGUGCGCAAGCCGAGGCAGGAUUUCGUGCAGUCGGGGCAAGAAGUCCGCCUGCUUGCGGCCAGCUUUGGAUGCUCUGCGUGUUUUUGGCGGCUCCCGCGGCUCCUUAUCCCACUCCAGUAUCUCGAGGCGACUGGCAAGGUGCACGUUUCGAGACUGGACAACAUGUUAGCUCUUACGGCCCGGGACAUGCAGCAGGCGCCGAACACGAUCUGCGGUACACAGGAAUCAGCAUGUGCACGACGUGCAAAAGCUCUCAAGCGCUGGACAUCCGGAAGGAGGAAAAAGGGUCUUGCUAGAAAAGUGGAAGACGAUCGUCAAGAUACUAGGAGACCGACGUCGUGCUCAACAGCCACGCAGGCUAUUCCUGGCUAUAAAGAGCCCACUUCGGCGAACCAGAACAUCAACAAGAGCGCAGCAGCUAGAAGUGACGUUGACAGUGAUGAGCGACAUGAUCGCAAGCGCCAGCGCCACACGGGUGGCGACGCAUCUUUAAGAUCCACACACGACGCCGUCGCGGAAACUGUUGUCACCGCUACCGCUACUAACUUUCACGCCUAUCGCAACAUCGCUGCGGAGUACAUGCCUUCGAAUCGUAUUCCAUUUGCCUGUUGCUCUAUUGGCUUGACGACCCCCGAUGCAAUAUUCGAUCUCAUCGCCCAUGCCCAUCUAUCCACCACGACGAAGCAGAAGGAUACCCGGCAUAUGCAUGGCUGUGCCGGAGUUGGAGGCAUUCAGGAGGACAGUGUGAAUGGUCACAACAGAGGCCGCGUCGCCGAGCACUUCACCGCCCAUUACUUCGCCACCGAGCCCCUCCAUACUGUACGCGAUUCCGCCGAGGAGGAGGACACCGACACCGGACCUCAUGCCCGCGAGCACAACGAUUUCCAUUACCUCACCGCCCACGACGCGCAUGCCCAAGGCGAGGCCCGAGCUGGCGAUUACUUUAGCUGGAGAUGUUCUCGUCCGGCGCCUAUCUUCGCCAAACCGAUCGGGAAGGGACCGCAUCAUGGACCAUUGUUCGAGAGCCGAUUAUAUUGA